CGCCGGCGCGGAGACUGGGGUUGGUUCCUGGCGGGGCCGGGGGGCGGGCUCGGGCCGGAACUCCACAGGCGACCUCCGCCAACUGCUCCUGCGCCGGGCGAGGCGGUCGCCGUCCGCCGCUCCCAGCGCCGGAAGGGCUGUAUCUCAGAGCUCCUGGUGCUGCAGCCAGCGGGUGGGGCUACAAAUGCUUGACUCAGUGAUGCAGAACCUCUCAGGGUUAGUUGGAAGCCACAGCCCAGCCUCUUGAUGCAGCCUGGAUCCAGCCGGUGUGAAGAGGAGACCCCUUCCCUCUUGUGGGGUUUGGAUCCUGUGUUUCUAGCCUUUGCAAAACUCUACAUCAGGGAUAUCCUGGACUUGAAGGAGUCCCGCCAGGUGCCAGGUGUAUUUUUGUACAAUGGACAUCCAAUAAAACAGGUAGAUGUCUUGGGAACUGUCAUUGGAGUAAGAGAAAGAGAUGCUUUCUACAGUUAUGGAGUGGAUGACAGCACUGGAGUUAUAAACUGCAUCUGCUGGAAAAAGUUGAAUAUUGAGUCUGCAUCAGCUGCUCCAAGUGCAGCAAGAGAGCUCAGCUUAACCUCACAACUUAAGAAGCUACGAGAAACCAUUGAGCAGAGAACAAAGAUAGAGAUUGGGGACACGAUCCGAGUCAGAGGCAGCAUCCGCACGUACAGAGAAGAGCGAGAGAUUCGUGCCACCACUUACUAUAAAGUGGAUGACCCAGUGUGGAACAUUCAAAUCGCAAGGAUGCUUGAGCUGCCCGCUAUUUACAGGAAAGUUUAUGACCAGCCUUUUCGCAGCUCAGCCCUAGAGAAAGAAGAGGCACUAAGCAAUCCAGGCACCCUGGACCUCCCCAGUCUCACGAGUUUGCUGAGUGAAAAAGCCAAAGAAUUCCUUAUGGAGAACAGAGUGCAGAGCUUUUACCAGCAGGAGCUAGAAAUGGUGGAGUCUUUGCUGUCCAUUGCCAAUCAGCCUGUGAUUCACAAUGCCUGCUCCGACCAAGUGAAUUUGAAGAAGGACACCACUUCCAAGGCAAUUCAUAGUAUAUUUAAGAAUGCUAUACAGCUGUUGCAGGAAAAAGGACUUGUUUUCCAGAAAGAUGAUGGUUUCGAUAACCUAUACUAUGUAACCAGAGAAGACAAAGACCUGCACAAAAAGAUCCACCGGAUUAUUCAAGAGGACUGCCAGAAACCAAAUCACGUGGAGAAGGGCUGUCACUUCCUGCACAUCUUGGCCUGUGCUCGCCUGAGCGUCCGCCCAGGUCUGAGUGAGGCUGUGCUGCAGCAAGUUCUGGAGCUCCUGGAGGACCAGAGUGACAUUGUCAGCACAAUGGAGCAAUACUACACGGCGUUCUGAGGAGAGACACGCAGACCAGCCGGGCAGGACAAAGACAAGGUGGCAUUCACCCCCAGGGUCUGACUUUCAACAUCAUGCAGGGGCUUAUCUGUCUGGAGCCAGUUACCUCAUAAUCGACUAUCAAAUACGCUUAUUUAGGGAAUGGGAUUUGGCAUAAAUGUUGUUGGCUGCCUUCUAUCUACUGUGUCCUUGGGGUAUGAAGACUUUGAUCUCAGCCAUGACACAUAAGAAAACCCUCCCUGUUGACCCCCUGGCUGGACUGCGUGUUGUUCACGGAGCAGAAUGGGGAGGAAACAGUGUUGGCAGCUUAACUGGUGUGUGUGGUUGGGGUCUCUACCACGGCAGAAGGAUACCACGGGGUGGUGAACAUUCAGGAACUGAAGGGCAUGUGGCCUGAUCACACAGUUCUAAGCUUUUCAAAAGUUCAGGUUAUCAGAGACCUUCCUGUGAGCCUCUCUCGCUGGCUAAGACCCAGUUUAGGGGAGUACUUCUCCCUGGAUGAGUGUCAGUUUCUUACAGUUUCUGUGGCUUAGGCACCAGCAGUGGGGUUGAGACCUGGGUUGAUGCUAUUUACAGACCUGCCCAGAGAUGGGAAUAAAUAGAGAUCCAAGGCAUGACUAUGUGUUUGUCAUUUUCCUUUGGAAUUGAAAGGUGUCCAAGUCCAUUUCCCUGCACUGUAUUACAGAGGUGCGUGACAAAUACAUUGUCCCUCGAUGCCCCUGAAGAUCACGGAGGCAGUCAGCCAAUUGCCUGGCAGGCGGUAGAUGUUAUUUUCAGGGUUGCCGCUGAGUGUGCAGGAUGUGCUGACACCAUCCAGACAAAGACUCGGUUUGUGCCCAGACAGGUGAUGGAGUCAUGCUUUUGCUCAGAAUGACAAGGUAAAGGAAAAACAUCUGAGGUAUGUUGUAGGCCUGUUCUGACAGCAAAAUCACAAAUCCAGCCAGCAAAAAUAAAGUGUGGAGAAAGAUUUGAAGUUAAUUACAGUCAUUUCACGGAAGGCACUGCCUUCGUCUGCCGCAUUUGCUCUUGAUGUAAUAAACUCUUUGUGGCUCAGCCGGAGGUCCUGCAGGCCUGGAGAGUUGCUCCUCUCUCUGUGGAAACAGGACAGUCUUUAUAUGCAGAAGUCCGCUGCAGCUCGAUAUGUCAGGCUGAGAGCUAGGAUCCGUAGAUUGCCUCCUGUCAUAGACUUUUCUAAUGACACAAAGCUUUGCUGAUUUCUAACAGUGAUUAUGUAGUGGCUGCCCUGUGUCUGCCCUGUAUCUUCCCUGUGUACAGAAGGGUCCUCAGAGUAGAGUCUGCCUGGAUGUCCUGGGCAGUUCUUCCUUGAAGUCAGCAGCUGUUCCACGUGGAAUAUGUCUUUGAUUAGUGGGGCUCCCCAGGAAGGAGUCCAGAGUCAGAAGGUAAAAAGGACAUAUGCUUGCAUACAGCAACUCUGCUCUAGGAGAUGACCACACAAGUGUGAAAGGAUGCUUGCACAAGAUGCUCACUGUUGUGUAAUCUAGAAUUCUGUAUUGGGGAAAAUACUAACCUACAGGGAAAAAGUUAUUUAUGGUUCAUGGGCAUGAUGAAAUACUAUGCAGCCAUGAAAAAAGGUGAUGGAAGCAGGCGGACACUGUUGCCAUGACACUGUUCCCAGUAGACUCAGGGAAGUAAACAGAGUUGUAGAUCUGUUUCUGUAGUAUAACGCCAUUAUCCACAGCUCCCUGUGUAUAUGUAUGUAUCUGUAGAGAGAGAGGGUAUGUUUCUGCAUGGAGGUCUUUAUAAAUGUAGCACAUAUAUAUACAUACAUACAGUCGACCACUGCUUUCUCUUGGAAGGGAGUACUUUCCAAAUUUGGCUUUCAGGACACCGAGCUCUCUGGUUGCUCCUUCUCAGCCUCCUUUGCUCAGUGCUCUGCCUCCCUCAGGGCUCAGCCCCAGGCCUCUUUUCUAUCUGGCUUGCUUCCUGGGGUGUCUCCAGCGACCACAUGGAUUAUACCAUCUAUAUGCUGUCCACCUCCUCAAUUUAAACCCAGAAUGGGCCUCUUCCCUGAAAUGCAGACCCCUACAUCCAGCCUGCUACUGAUAUCUCCACUUAGGGUCUCUAAUGGACAUCACAAACUUUAUAGGCCCAAAGCCAGGCUCCCAAUUCCUCCUGACCCCAGACUUGCUACAGGAGGCAGCCAAAUGCCUAGGCAGAGAGGGGCGGGUCCCAAGUGAAACCCCACCUUCAAGCCAAGAAUGGCCUGAAGGCUGAAAGACAGGACUGCUAGUCCUGGAUGAAACCUGUGACCCAGAGAGAGAACUUCUGUUCCUGUUUGCCCACCGUUUCCCAAUUGAUUCUUUCUGAAUAAUGCCUUUUCACCAGUCGAAUGUUGCCUUUUUCAAUACCACCUAGGGCCUGCCCCCUCCCACCCCCCGCACAUUCUGAGCCCAUAAAAAGAACAGACUCAGCCAUAUUCCCACCUUCGGGGGUAGGGGGACUACCCCCGCAUCCCCUCUCUGCUGAAAGCUGUUUCAUCACUCAAUAGAACUCCCUUCCUUGCUCACUCUUCCACUGUCAGCACAUUCUCAUUCUUCUUGGGCACUGGACAAGAAAUCAACCGGUGUGUAAGCCAGACUUGGCCUGGGCAGGCGAAGUGGACAGGCCGUCACCUGCAGCAGGUAGCAUGGUCAGGCGGGGCGUCACCAGCCAGAGGUCCCUGGCUUGCAAAGUGACUGAGAAAAAAAUUCUGCAUCACUCCUUUGGAAAAUUUCCCUGAUUCAGGAAGAGGCAGCUCCAUCAUCCAAUUGCUCAAACCAAAUCCAUUGGCUUCUUACUUUCCAUCAUACCUCAUAUCCAAUCUGUCUGCAAGUCAUUUUGGCUCUCCCUUCAGAAUAUCUCCAGAAUCUCUAACUGUUUCCCCCUCCUCUCCGGCCUCCUGACAGACCCCCUGCUUCUGCCCUGACCCCUCUUGGGCUGUUCACAGCACAGCAGCCGCCCUCAUCCUGUUAUGCUCCCAGUCUCCCACGGCCUUUGGUCUCACCCCAGGUAGGAGCCUGAGGCUGCACAGGGGUCAGCUUGGCUCCGCUUGCCCCGCCCUCCUGCCCUCCCAGCCCAGCCGCACAGGCCUUGCUGCAAACAUACCUCGGCAUGUUCCUGCCUUAGGGCCUCCCUCUGCCCUCUUUCCAGUCUUUACUUGAGUGUCGCCUUCUCAGCAAGGCCUGCCCUCAUUCCUCUUUGGCUGUUUGCAGCCCACAUCCUGUCCCCCCUCCCAGAACUCCCUUUCCUGCUUGAUUUUUCUUCACAGUACUUGAUACCGGCUAACACACUCCAUGGUUUCUUACUUGCCCUGUUUAUUAUUUUUCCCCCAAUAGACAGAAUGCUCCAUGGGGGCAGAAUUCUGUUUUGUUUCCCUCCAUAUCCCCAGCACCUAUAACAGUGCCUGACACAUUGUCUAAGCAAUACAAUCAGUAAGUGUGUGUCUGGCUGCCUUCCAGGUACCAGUGUCUGCCUCUUUCCUGGUGGGCGGGGGAGUGCUUUCUCGCAUAUCUUGGUAGGCCCUAUGCAGGCUGGAAGUGCUGAGAAGUCACACCCCCAGGGAACAGCCUCAGCAAUAGCACCUUGGGUAUAAAUGCCCCAGCUCCCUCACCCUCAGAUAAGCAUUGCCGAGGCACAUGUCCCACACUCUUUUCCAGAGUUCCUCCACGGGACUGAGCACCAUCCAUCCACCCACAGGAGCAGCUGACCUGAUAACCACCUGUCUCACCCUCCCUGCCUUACUUCCCCGCUCCCCAUUACCACUUGCUGUACCUCCCAAGUGCAUUUCUUGCUUUCCAACCUCUGUCUCAGGAUUGGCUCCUGGAUGAACACAAACUAAUACCAUCUUCACAAAUAUAUUUGGGAAACACUGGAUGAAUAAUUAUACAUAUCAGAUAGAUUACUAGAAAUGCUCACCAAAGCGAUACACUUGUUACCUCUACAGGGUGAGAUCUCAGGUGCUUUUUACCCCACAUAGCUAUCCUGUGGCAUUUUCAUAAUUAGCAAGUGCUCACUCUUCCACUGUCAGCACAUUCUCAUUCUUCUUGGGCGCUGCACAAGAACUCAACCAGUAUGUAAGCCAGACUCUGCCUAGGCAGUCUCAAACUCCUGACUCCUUGUAUAAUUUCUUCAAAAAUUAUAAAGCUGUUUCCCACUCCCCACCCCACACUCAUGUAACCUGAAAUGUGAGUAAACCAAGAACGAGUUAGGCCUCUUUCUUCUACAGCAACAUCAGAACUCUGAGAACAUGAUGGAAACUCUUAGAAAACUCUCUGGAGCUAACCACAGUUGGGUCACUGCUCAUGUACUGAAGAGCAACCAGAGGAUUCCCCUGAAAAGGAGGGAAACUGAGCAAACAUUCUCCAGUUCUCUUAGUGUGCACAUGUUUUGGGAGGUAUGAACCCCACAUGUAGCUUGAGUAGGCAAGAAGACAAAUAGUGCUACUGUCUGGUCAAGGAUUUGUUUGAAGAGCCAUGAUUAUUCCCAUAUGGUAAGCUACCAGAGCUCCCAUCCCUGUAAGACACUUCUUUCUCAUUAUAUUCUCCUCUGAUGGCGUGCCAGGAUGCUGGCCAAGAGAAGCCAAGUGGAAAGAAGGCUGUUCAGUGACAAGGAACCCAAGACUUGGUGCCAAGGACUGAAACCAAGUAAACUUGUAAUUUUCCAUGGUGGAAACAUCUACACUUUCUCAUUGGUGGCCUCUACAGCAGUUGCCCCAAAGAAGUAUCUCAUUGUUUUCUUUACAUUUAUGUGAAGCACACAGGCAAACUCAGAGAGACUGUGAUAAGGCUUACUGGAGACAUGUGCCCAGGUGCUGGGGGAAAAGCAGGACCGUCCUGUAGGGAGGUGGUGUCUGUGGACAAAGAACUCCGCAGUGCUUGUUAUUUGAGUGAUUUCCACUGGUAGAGGCUCUAAAUGCAAGCCCAAACUCCCCCGUAAGUGAGUUUUCAUUGUAAUCCAGAUUUUUUUUUAAAUCAGCCUACUCCUAUUGAACUUUCACUAUUAUUUAUUAACUCUACUGUAUUUAUUAAAUAAACCUAAAUAGGUAAGUUACA